CGGGCCUCGCGCGGCAAGAUGGUAGCCGCGGCUGAGGAGGCUGAGGCGGCAGCACGGCCUGCGGGGCUCCGGAACCCCAAGAGGGAGCUGUAAGAGGGGCCGGCGGCGCCAGGCCCCGGCCCGGGCUGUGAGGACGGCGGUGGCGGUUGCGGCGGGGCCCCGGGACGAUGCUGCGCUCCACCGGCUUUUUCCGGGCCAUCGACUGUCCCUACUGGGCCGGGGCCGGCGCGGGGGCGUCCUGCUGCCGGAGGCCCUACUGCCACUUCCGGCACCGCGGCUCUGAGCGCGGCCCGGCCCGGGGUGAGGCGUCCGCAGCAGCCGCUAACGGCCCCGGUCCUGGCUGCGGGGGCGCGGCCCGGAGUGCGGGAGAGCUUGGCUAUGACCCAUAUAACCCUGACCUUCCGAAGCCUUCAGUUGGGAUUGAACAUGGCUCCCUGGGGGAUGUCACAGAACCCAGCUCUGGCAUCUUGGAGCUGGAGUUAGUCAACCAGGCCAUUGAGGCUGUCCGGAAUGAAGUGGAACGAGAGGAAAAGAAAUACAAGGAGCUGCUAGAGACAACCAAGGAGUAUGGCACCACAGAGACCUCACUUGUUUCACAAAGCCCCACUGGAACUGGGGUGCCCAACCCAGACUCUUUUGCCACAUCCUUAGAAUAUAAUCCAGGUAGCUACAAUAUAUUAAAUAAUAACACAGACUAUAACCCUACCCCCUUGGCUGCUGCUAAUAAAUGUAACAAGUAUACUUUGGAUUCUUUGGAGAAAUCCAAGGCUAAAGGUAACUCUCUGGAAUAUGUUCCAAAGUCUGUGAUCCAGCCCAAAAAAUAUAGCCGUGCUGCUCCCAACAGCAAAUAUGUGAUUGACAAUUCUAAGCCAUCCACAGAUUUGGAAUAUGACCCCCUUUCAAAUUACUCAGCCAGACUUUUAAAUAAGGGCAGUCCAAAGGACCAGAGAGGGGUCAAAAGAAGAAGGGACUCAAACCAAGAUGAGUCAUAUACGCCUUCUCUCAAGAAGCAUUGCGAUGUUUUUAGCAAUUAUGAAACAGAUGCCAGAUUUUCUGACUCAGAAGAUGAGGACCCUACCUCAGAGAACCAACCGAGCCCUGCCAGCCCCACAAAAGCCAGAACCAGUUCAGAGAGUCAGUCCAGCAGUGGGUCUUCGCCUGCCAAGGGAAAGCCUCUGGAACCUGAGGAAAGUAGUUUGAGGGAGACAAAGGAGAUUGCUGUGCAAUAUGACAUGGGGGAUAUCCAGCGGCGGCAGAGUCCCAUUGGAAAACCCCCACCAGAGAAAAGUGGAAAAGGAAGCAAACACUCUUCAGAAGGGAGAGAGAAAGUGGCAGGAGGGGACUUAAAGUGUAAAGGCAGCCUGAAGGAUCACAGAGUCCAGAAGAAAAAACCACAUGACCAAAAGAGCUCGGGCCAUCUGGAGGUGGAGAGUCAGAAAGAAAAAAGCAAAUCAUCUGAGAAAGACAAAGGGAAGAAUAAGGACAAAGCAAAAGGGAAAUUAGGGGAGAAAAAUCAUAGAGAGAAGAAACUCACUAAGGUCAAAAGUGAUGGGCACAUAAAUAAGAUGGAGAAAUCCAAGUCAGAAAAGCAAGAGGUGGCCAGGAAAGAGAAGUUAGUGGCCAGCUCAGGGAAAAAAAAGAAUGAUGGCCUUAGUAAGAGACCUAGCACAGGGAAGCUGGGUAACCAUAAGAAGGAGUCCAAGCUGAAGCUGGCAGAUCCUCCCAAUGGGAAAAACAUGUCUAGUAGCAAUAAGCUAAAAGACAAGAAAGGAAGCAAAACCUUCUCCUCAGGUAGGCUAAAAGACAAGAAGUCCCUUUCUCUAGAUGAACGCAGUUCCCAGGGGUCCCCAAAGCCUAAGAAGAGGACAUUGAGCCAUAUUGACCUCUUUGGAGAUGAAAGUGGGGAUGAAGGGGAAGGGACAUCCCCAGUUCUUCCUGCCACCCUUCCAAGUCUAAGCUCAGACUCAGACUCAGAUGAUGGAAGCUGUAGCCCCCUGAAUGAGAGUAAAGAACCAAAGCGUCUCCGGGGUGCCCAGAUUGCUACCUCUUCCUCCUCAUCUUCUGAGGCCUCUGAUGACAUUGACUAUUCUGUCCUGGAGAAGGAAUUGGAUUAUGAUUCAGACCCUAUGGAAGAAUGUCUUCGAAUUUUUAAUGAGUCCACAGAUGUGAAGACUGAAGACAAAGGGAGGCUCAACAAACAGCCAUCCAAGGAAGAGAAGAUUGAGGGAAAGUCAGAGGACAGCUUGACUACACUGUUUCCAGGCCAAAAGAGAAGGAUUUCCCAUCUCUCCAAGCAAGGAAAUGCUGAAGUCCCAAGCAAGCCCGUUAUUCGGCCUUAUCGCCCACCCACAGCUCAGGAGGCCUGCUACCGCCGCACCCAGCUUGCCCAGAGACAGGCCUCAGACAUUCUGGCAGCAAGAGUGGCAGCCCAGAAGCAUUCUGCGUCUCUGCCUGAGGAGAAGAGGAGAAUUGCCCAUGUACCCAAUCCCCACAUGGCCACAGCACUGGCUGCAGCAGCCAAUUCAACCCCCACAGGUGCCAAGAAAAGUAAUUCUUUGAACACCGUUCAAGUCGCAAAUGGCUCUGAGCCAAACAUCUCCUUGAAGUCCCGAACAAUGUCUGGGAUGGCUUCUAAAACGAGCACGACAUCCGUGCAGAAGAGGAUAGCACAUAUGCCCUCCCUACAGAGUGUAAGCUUAAAUAGACCAGUCAUUCCAACUGAGUUUGGGGCCAAGGUUCCUACCAACAUCCGCCAACGUUAUCUUAAUCUUUUUAUUGAUGAGUGCCUGAAGUUUUGUCCAUCACCCCAAGAAGCUUAUGACAAGGCUUUAUCUGAGGAGAAGGUGGCCUAUGAACGGAGUUCAAGCAAGAAUAUCUACCUGAAUGUGGCUGUCAAUACUCUAAAGAAGCUAAGGAGUUUAGGACCUGGUUCUGUACAAUGCGUAAACAAGAACAGCAAUCGGAAGGUGGUAUCUCACGAAGCUGUGCUGGGGGGGAAGCUGGCCACAAAAACAAGCUUUACACUGAAUCGAUCGGGUAACCUCAGAGCAGAAGAUUUGACAGGAGCUGCCUUGUACCGAAGAUUGAAGGACUACAUUCUAACAGAGGACCAACUGAAAGAGAAUGGCUACCCUCUGCCCCACCCUGAAAAACCUGGCCGAGCCGUGGUCUUCACCACCGAAGAGAAGAAAACCACAGACUCAUCCUGCCGAAUUUGCUGUCGCUGUGGCACUGAGUACCUAGUCUCGCCCACCGGCAAUUGUAUCCGGAAGGAGGAGUGCUGCCAUCACUGGGGGAGGCUUCGUCGACAGAGAGUGGCUGGUGGAUGGGAGACCCAGUAUAGUUGCUGUUCAGGAGCUGUUGGUUCUGUUGGGUGUCAGGUUGCUAAGAACCAUGUUCAAGAUGGCCGCAAAGACAACCUUGAAGGGUUCGUGAAUAUUGAAAAGCUUCCCUCUACAGAUGGCUAUCCAGGAAGAUACGCCCUUGACUGUGAGAUGUGUUACACCAAACAAGGGCUGGAGCUAACAAGAAUAACUGUGAUCAACUCUGAUCUCAAAGUUGUCUAUGACACUUUCGUGAAACCAGACAACAAAGUGGUGGAUUAUAACACCAGGUUUUCUGGGGUGACAGAAGAAGAUCUGCAGAACGCGUGUAUAACCCUUCGGGAUGUCCAGGCAGUAUUGUUGAACAUGUUCAGUUCAGACACCAUCUUGAUAGGACACAGCUUAGAAAGUGACUUAUUUGCUCUCAAGCUGAUUCAUACUACAGUAGUGGACACAUCGGUGGUCUUCCCUCACCGCCUCGGGCUCCCCUACAAGAGGGCACUGCGGACGCUGAUGGCCGACUACCUCAAGCGUAUUAUCCAGGACAAUGUGGAAGGCCAUGAUUCAAGUGAAGAUGCCAGCUCUUGCAUGGAACUGAUGAUCUGGAAGAUCAAAGAAGACGCAAAAGUCAAACGAUGACUCCUCUCUCCGUCCCCCCUUUCCCUUCCUCCCUAACCCUCUCUAUCUCAGUCCCCUCCAUCACCACCUCAGCCCCCUCACUUCCUCCAAAGCAGUGCAAUAAAUCCUCAGAGUUAACACUGUUCACCUUGCAAACAAGAGCCUCCCCGGCCCCUCCCCAGCCCCACUCCUCCCCUCCCUGCCCCCGCUCCUCCCUUAGCCCCCGCCCAGCAGCAUGCAUUACCCUGGCGUGGCUGUGCACUCUGGGGCACUCAUGGAAUCUAGAGACUUGUGCCAGCUCAGCCCAAGGGGCCGGGCUCCCUGGCCCCUGCACCUCUUGUCUCCAUCAGACGAGCAUUUCUGAUUCUUGCCUUUCCGGUCCCACAAGGUCAUGUUGAGCUGCACACCCAGAACUAGGUCCUAAUUCUCUGCCCCAGAGGCAGUUUGAUCAGGUCUGCAAAGUACUGUUUCUUUUUACAUGACGUUAA